GGGUCCGGACUCCCGGAUCCCCAGGGAGGCAAGGUCGGUGGGUCAGGGUAAUACAGGUACGCUCAAGUUUCUCCCUCUUCCCCACGUCAUCCUCCUUUUUCAGAGGGGAGGUUUGUGUCUGCAUCCAACAUUUGAAAUAAUGUACUGAUUUGCUGGGUGCUGUGGCCGAGCUGUGAGCUGAGCAGGCAGGAAUUCCCGGCCCUCGGCUGACUGGCAUUCCAGUGGGAGGCUGUUCUCAGUUCCCACCUGGUGACCAGCCCGGCAGUGACCGUGCUGACCACACUUCUCCCCUGCUUUCAGGACCCCGUGCUCUCCUGGGCCUCCUCCCUUACUCGCUCCUCCUCCUCGGCUUUCCUGGCCAGUUCCCCCUCUUCUCCCGUUCGGUGGGGGGCGGCGGAUUCUCCGUCUGUACUCACUUCCUUGGUGAUCUCAUCCAGUCCCGUGGCUCUAAAUACCAUCCAGAAGCUGUCAACCCCCAGAUUUACAUCUCCAGACCAGACUUAGCCCCUGAACUCAUAAAUGCAGCUGUGGUCGCUCACCACCUCCACAGGGAGACUAUCAAGGGCAUUUCCAGCUCCCUGGGCCUGAACCUUGACACUUUCCCCUCGAACCCACUUCCCCCCAGUUCUCCAUCUCUGCACAUAGACACUCCAUCUUUUCAGUUUUCCAGGCCAGAAGCCUUGGCCAUACUGGACCUCUCUCAUACACACCCACAUCCAUUUCAUCAGCAAAUUCUGUUGGCUCUACCUCCAAAAUAUUUCCAGAUCUCCCCAGCACCCACACCCUGGUCCCCCUGUCACUCCUACUUGGACCAUCACAGCAGCCUUCCGGGUCUCUCUCGCCCUCCCCCCAGGUUGUUCCCCAAAGGCAGUAACAGAGACAGCACACACACACACACACAGGAAGCAGAUGGUCUUGCCACCAGCAGUGUGACAUCCGCUAUUGCUACUUCUCUACUUCCCCACUGUUCUUCAGGACCUCUCUGGACCACAGUCCUUUGCCAGACCCUUCCAGACCCCAGCCCACCAUGGUCCCUCCAGGCCACAUCCUGCUCCUGUUUUUGCUCCCAGUGGCUGGAGCUCAGACAACCGCAGGUGCCUGCGCCGGAUGUGGGCCCCUCUCCCUGCCGCUCCUGGCAGGCUUGGUUGCCGCUGACGCGGUCAUAUCGCUGCUAAUUGUGGGGGCGGUGUUCCUGUGUGCUCGCCUAGGCCACAGGCCCACCCAAGAUGGCAGAGUCUACAUCAACAUGCCUGGCAGGGGCUGACCCCUGUACCUUCGACCUUUGACCCCUGACCCUCUCAUACUAGAUGGUGUGUGGUGGCCCAGGAAUACCCUCCUCCCUUUGGGGUUGGAAUAAAGCAAUUGAAGUACCUGUAA